UUGAGUUUGUGAUGGAACCGGCAUGUACCGGUUAUUGAUGACACCGGUUUGGUGAGAAAUGUUCCCGGUAAACCUUCUCGAGGUCUGAGGGACGCAUUCCAUCAUCCUGGCUACCUGUAGUGUACGCGGCAAAGUACAGAACACAAACUUUUUUUGCCCUGCAUGAACUGUUGGAAUUACCUCGCAUCCUGCUAAUUGCCUUUUUCGAUACUCUUUCACGGUUCUGUCAAUCGAGACCUAGAAAAUGCAAAGUGUGGAACAGACUAUUCAAAAUCCGCCGCAGUCUUUCAUCGUCUUUUUCCUCUGCUUUUCUCGACUGUCCUCAGCGCAGCUGUUCGAAAGGAUCACCAUAGUGGAAAACAGUCCGUUGAAUACCGACAUACUGGAUAUCAGAGCCGCACUCGUCCGACAUGGCGAAGGCCAACUGCCAGAGAACGCUACAGCUUACGCCAGUCAGCAGAAAUUGUUCUGGCCAUUCGCCCUAGACAAUUUUGUUUUACGGCUGAUUCGGCCGUUGGAUCGCGAAGCUGUAUGUCAAUUACACCAACAGAAAUUUCAUCGAUUGGACAAACCACCUGGGCAAAAUCCCCCUCUGUCGGCAUCUUUCGCAAACGAUGGAUGUCUGGCUGGUGCUUGUUGUCAGCUGCUGCAUGUAAAUAUUCUCCCUCUACCGACUGCAUUACCAAAAGCUUUUUUCAUACAAGUUGUGGUUCAAGAUGUGAAUGACAAUGCUCCUCGUUUUCCGGUAAUUCACUCACCCUACACAGUAGUUCAUGAAGACAGUGGUCUAGAAGAACGUAUCUGGUUACCACAAGCUAUUGAUCCAGAUAGUUCACAAUAUAGCGUAACCGAAUACCGCACGGAAAACUGGGUUCAUGGGAAUCAAUCACAUUUUCAGAUUGGAGUUGAUGAAGAGCGAACGACAAGCGUGACGCCAAGAGACCAGUAUUCCCAGAUAUAUGGUGUGCCAGUGGUGCAGCGAAUAGCAACAACAGCUUCCGGAAGACCCUACCUUAUACCGACUGCUCCUUUGGACAGAGAACUAUGUGAUUUAUAUGCGUUCACUUUGAUCGCUGUGGACGGAGGUGAUCGAAAUGCAAUUGAUGUUACCGCAUCCAAUCGAGCACUCACUGGAUCUGUUUAUGUUGUGAUCAAAGUUGCUGAUGUCAACGAUAAUCGCCCUACCUUUGACCGUCCUCACUAUGAAGCGAAAAUUGUGGAAAACUUCAUGCCCGCAAAUAUUUUUACUUUUGAGGUCGUAGACAAGGAUAUUGGAGAAAAUGGACGCGUAUCAAUAAGCAUCCAGGAUACGAGUAGAACUGCUGAACAAACGUUUCGGGUUAGUUUGCAGGCAGUCCAUAAUCCAACUUAUCAAACUUCUGGUUCCCAUACAAAACCGCAUCAGACACUUCCGAGUGGAUCACAUUAUCGUGGAUAUGUCCAGCUAAUCAGCCGCAUAGACGCUGAACGGUUUCCACCCUUCCUACAAUUUAGCUUAGUUGCUAAUGAUUUUGGGAAACCAAGUUUAUCCUCGAGUGCGGAUGUGCAAAUACAGAUAAUUAAUAUCAAUGACAACGCUCCAAAUAUUGCAUUUUUCAGCCGUGGUAAGCGACUCACAGACGGUCGCAUUUUACUACCUGAAGUUACAACGCCUCCAAGAUCAUUAGUUGUUCUUGUGCACGUGACAGACGAAGACUCUCCAAUCUCACAGUUUCGUUGUCAGAUUAUCAGUGAAACUGAGAUGUUCUCACUGGAUGAAGCAAGUAGCCAUGGAUUUCCAUCCUACCACUCAGACGUUAUAUUUGAGUCAGCGUUGGAAUCUAGAGGAAUCGUAGCCAGUUAUCGACAGUACGCGAUCCGAACAAAGAAGGAACUCGAUAGAGAAACAAGAAGUUAUUAUGUGGUCACAGUCGAAUGCACCGAUGCCGAGGGUGUAAAUUCAUUGGCUCGAAACGCAAGCUUACACAUCACGGUAACUGAUGAAAAUGAUCAUAAUCCGGUCUUUGAUAAAUUAACGUACCAUGGCCGCGUUCAGGAGAACUCUCCAGCCGCGGAAGUUCAGUUCGUUAGCCCAAUCAAAGUAACUGAUGCCGAUAUCGGACCCAAUUCUCUUCUCACGUUCCUCAUUAGCGAUUUGGACAACACUACUGAACAAGCCGCAGACGUCAGCAAGCAAGCUGUCUGGAGAAAUGGAAGUCAAUAUUUUCGCAUUGAUCCGCGAUCAGGUCGCAUAUGGACAACGGUUGCCCUGGAUUGUGAAGUUAAGAGCCAGUAUGAUUUGCUGGUUGUUGUACAUGACUCCGGGUCACCGGAAUCGAGGUCAAGCACUGCGAAUUUGAUUGUGUCUGUAGAGGAUGUGAAUGACAAUAUACCGGAAUUCUCUUCGGCGCAUUACACUUUUGAGGUCGCUGAAAACGCCCCACCUGGAACAGAAAUAGGACGUGUAGAAGCUACGGACAAGGAUGCAACUGAGCCGAACCGAAAGUUGCGUUAUGGUCUCCGUGGUCGUGCAGACGAUCUGCACUUGAUCAGUAUCAACCGGAACACCGGUGUCUUACGAACUCGCCGUCCUAUCGAUCGUGAAUCGCGCUCUUCGAUAACUCUUACAGCAACCGCGGAAAAUGAACUGCCUGUCCGGGCAUCUUUGUCGCUCUCUCCAAAUCGACCAUUGGCACCAUCGGAGUUAGCAGUAGAAACCAUAGCCAAAACAAGUAUUGUUCUGAAUGUACUUAAUGUGAACGAUAAUCGACCGGAAUUCACACUAAUUGAACCACACCGCUCUCAUGUCACAUUCAUCUGGGAACAACUUAGUUCUUUGCCAAACACAUCAAAUGUUGAUGUUAAAUCACUGAAAAACGGUCGGCAAACAAGUCUCGGUGCGAAGAAAAAUGGUAUGGGCACCCAGAAGGGAGCAGAAGAUAAGUUAUUUGUGAAUGCUUUAAACGUAAGUCCUGUAUGUGAACGUCUGCCGCAUCGUGUGACUGAUAAGGAUGUUGAACAAGAUGAAAAUUCUGAAUGCUGUCUACUUCAACUGCAAGAGGACUUUGAUGGAUUAUUCGCUUUGAUGCCUGAAGCACCGACUGUGCUGUGCAUGACACGAAGACCUCCAAUGCCAACAAGUUAUAAACUUGUACUCAUUGCGAAGGAUGGUACAGCAAAUGAUAGCCUCUCUGCUCAGGUGCAGUUCACCGUGGUUAUUCGUAGCGACCCUAGUUUGAAGGGUGUCGAAACCAGUGUAAAACACGGCGGUUUGUCACAGCUCACGGAAAAGGAAAGGAACGGCUUCAGCAACACUGACAACUCUUACCGAUUGGAUGACCUAUCAACAUCUUCCUCAUGGCCGUAUACAUCCAACUCCAAGGAUCUCAGAUCUAGUGGACGGUCUGGUCAAAUGCAACAACGGAAUAUGCUUCCAAACGGGCACAAAGGAGGCACUCUUUCAGCUGGACAUACACAACAAACUAUCAUAAUAGCUGUGAUGGCAUCAGUCGCCGGUAUUCUCUGUGUGCUGCUUUUGCUGGCAAUUGUAUUGACAAGGCGAUGUUUCCUUAACUCGAGGACUGAUUUCAUCAAAGUGGAAGCGGAUUCGCCACACGAAGGGUUGGUUGGUGCCAAAAGUCCCGGCUCAGUUCCUUCCACUCCGUCGAAGUCUCAGACAUGCACUUUCCUCUCGAUUCCUGCGCAACAUCUGCCACCACAUUCAGAUUAUUAUUCCAAGGAGAUGAUUUAUCACCACACAAUGGGGGACUGUAACCAAGCCUAUGAAAUGGCGACUCGAACAGGUUUUCUAUCCCCUACAAUCGACCGAAACAUCAUAAGGCUAGCCAAUGUCAGUUCACCUCCUGGUGGCAUGAGUGUUUCCAGUUUACUGCCAGUCUCACUUCAGGCGCAGAGACAAGUCAACGCAGUUUCUCCAUUGUUACCUGGCUUAUUGGACGCAAAUGUUUACAAAAAUGAGUCGAAAAACAAACAGUCGUCACCAGAGCGUUCCGCUGCAAAGUGUAAUGUUUACACAGCCUGGCCUCCACUGCCUCACUCACAUGUUGGUGCACGUUCUGCCCUCGUCCACCGUGCCAAACAACUGGCUCCAAACAACGUUGCUAAACAGUUGAUCAAUAAACCAGGGGAUGCGUAUGGGUCGAAUAAUCAAAGUAUAUAUCAAACCAUCGAUUCACGACUGGUCCACACCGUUCGCGAAGCAAAUAAGGUCAAACCCACCCUGUUUCGAUCUUCGACCGUCAUAAAUUCGAGGCAAGACAAUGAGUCGGAUAAAGCGCUUCUUGAACCUCAAGACCAUCCAGCAGAUCUGGAGUCACCGGAUCAGAAGCAGCUCUCUGCAGCAUCUGGUUCUCCCUGUCAGGAGUUCGAUGUUCUCCCCGAAAAUAAGGGCGAGCUCAAAAAACUGCAACGAACUAAUUCAGAACGAAGCACUUAUUUCCAAACAAGUUUUGUAUGAGCAAGUCCAGUAUGACAUACGUGUGCUUGCUUCGAACCUUCUUUACAACUCAGAUUCUCUCAACUUACGUAACAAGACGUUUAGCCCCUUCAGCCCCGGACCUGUUCUGACUUUAUUUCAAGCAAAUGUGGCUUAAAUGCCAAGCUCUUUAUUUGUUCUACUCGCACAUGAUGAGUGCAUACGAAGCUUCCACAGAAAGUAGCGGAAAA